UUAGACGCGACCCGUGGUUGGCUCUCUCAACAAACACAACCUCGGACCUGCGUCUUUGUGGGCUUGCCGUGGCUGGGCAAUUUGUAUGCACUCCUGGCUGAAACAGAGAAUGCUCAUGUCAUAUUCUGCAUGUCACGUCGAUGCUUCAAACAAGACAGUCGACGCCCUCCUGCCCGUCUGCAUCUUGCCCUGUCCUGUGGCUGACCAGGGCCCGCUCGACCUGAUCAGAGAUCGGCCCAGAUCUGAUCAGAUGGCUGGAUGGGUGCCAUCAACCAUCCUUUUUUUACCCAAAGGCGCGCUUGUUCAGCCCUCAUCUGCUGCUGGACAUGAACACCACACUGUCCUGCUUGUGGAAGGGGGCUUGCCUCGCCUCGGCCAACAGCCCUUGGGUCCCCGAGGCCCACAGAGCCGUGGACGAGGACGGCCAUCAGGUCCCCAGAGAGAGAGGGGGAGAGAGAGCCCAUAGUCCUUGCGUCUCUGUUGUGUCAGGCCCAGCCGACCCAUCCCCUUUGAGCACAUUCCCACGGCCUGGAGAAGCAACCUCCCUGGACAGGUACCUUCUGCUACUACCUAUGCUACCACCUCACGAUGCCCGCCAGACGUCUGCCUCGGCCGUCGCCAGGGGUUGCCGCGCUGCAGAUGCCAGGUCUGAUGUGAUCUGAUCUGACCUUAGUCUGCCGCCGGUACUGUAAUCCCCGUGGCUGUGCUUUCGGGCCUCCCCUCUGUUCGCACUUCCCGCGCCUUUAUUACACGAAACCCCUAGACAGCCGGAAUGGACCACGGCCCACUAGGCAUCAGGAUCCCAUGUGCCGUAGCGAGGCUGAUCCUUCAACUCUGCUAGGCUGGAUAGGAGGCUCCGAAGGCUCGCCUUGAGCAAUCCCUCAGAUCCACGAGGCUAUUGGUGUCUUGCCGACCCUCUGCCCCCUUCUAUCGGCCGAGAAAGAUGGAUGACUACCCUGCCUCCCCCCGUUGUGCUUUCUGAUUCUUCCACACCAUCCUCCAUACGAGCCUCGACUACCCUUCGUGACGUAUGUGUUCCCGCCAGCCUCAUCUGAAUAAGCAGAACUCCCAAGCUCCAUUUACUGCCGGGCCGUACUGGAGUCCGUGUUCUAUCCCCUCCUCCUCACCAACUCUUGAAUGCUUGGCAACGGCUUCGAGGGCACAUGCCAGUCCCAGGAUGGGCAUGAUGCAUCAUCCCGGCACUCACAUUCUCUCGAGAAAUGUAGUCCCGAGGCCAGCAUCCAGCCUUCGUGCCUUGCCCCAUAGGAAGGUCACCCCCGAUACUAUCGACGACGCCUAUGCCCAGUUCAUCCUCUACUGUAACCCCGGUGUGCCGCCAGAGACCGACACCACGGUCUUGCGAGACGCCUUCAAGAUCCCGCCAAAGAGCGGAGGCAAGUCAUUCAGUACAUACACCUUGUUCGAGUUGAUAGGACUCUUCCAGAGCAAGGAGAUCAAGACCUGGGCAGAUUUGGCAUUACAACUUGGGGUGGAGCCUCCGGACCAAGACAAGGGACAGAGCGCGCAGAAGAUCCAGCAGUAUGCCGUCCGCCUCAAGCGGUGGAUGCACUCGAUGCACAUUGAUGCCUUCUUCGACUACCUGAUGGGUAACCCUCACCCGUACUGGACAGAUAUCCCCACAGAUCCCAACCCAGUCCUGGAAGAAGGCCGCGACGGGGUAGCAGCAGAGGACGACAUGGCCCUACGGUCGUUGAUGCCGCAAAUUAGACCCCGCAGGGGUAGGAAGCGACCGGAGAACGAAGACUCGAGCAGGUCGCCCUCGCAGAGACCUCGGACCGAAAGUGGUGGUGAAGACCUGGGCGGAGCGGGGGGCGGCGGAGGCGGCAUCCAGCCACUUGAACUCUGGCCUGCUCAUCCGGGAGCAGCAACCGGCCAGGCGGUCUUCCCCUCACCGUCCCAAGACCAGUUCGCCCGGCUUAACUUGAACAUGGGGGCUCCGGGAGCUGCCUGGGUGGGCGAGAACUUCACCCAGACCCCUUUAACAGCACAGUCCUACUCAGCAAUGACGGCUUCACCGGGGAACGGGUUCUGGCCCGGCCAGUCUGUGGAUACUAAGCCCGCAGCCGCUCCCAGCAAGCCUAAGGCAAACAAACGACAUGGGGCCAAGGUUGUGUCUUCGGCAUGGAGGAGCGGCGGUCCAGGAGGCCCGGGAAAGACACGCGGAAGACCGCCCCUGAACCGCCAAAGCACAAGUUCUACUAGCGAAGCCUCCCCCUUCCAUGCGUUUCCUGCCCAGAGCAGUCCCACAUACGAACAUGUGUCUCCACAUGUGACACCCAAUAUCACGACCGCAGUCUUGGCCGCCAGUCCGAAUCAUCCUGCCGCAUCACUGGCUCCCGAGCCUCAGUCGAACCUGAUCAUGAACCAGCAGCAGCACUCUGCCUUUGAUGCGUCGAUGCAGGAACAAUCCCAUCCACGGACUCUGAGAUCCGCCCGGAGCCGCCUUUCAUUGCAAGUUCCAGAGAGAGCAGGCGCCGAGGUCAGGCUUGCAUCCCCGCCAGGAAGCACCGGGCCACCGCCCGUGGUGAUGCUAAAUGGCAGAGACAUGAGAGCCCAUCACAAUACUAAUUACGGUGCAAUCCCACAGAGCACAGAAGCCCUGGUCAUGGAAGCGUUCGGCUCAGCAGACCAGAAUUAUAUCCCUCUCCAGCAGCAGCCGCCACAACCCCAGCACCAACAGCAACAUCAACAGCAACAUUAUCAGCAGCAACCCCAGCCAGUUGUGGCUACAGCGGUAUCUCAAAAUGACGCCCUCGCUUAUGCAACUGCGGCCCAACAAUCCCACCAGGUUCAAGGCUCGUCGUCCCAGCAUCAAGCAGCAGCCGAGGACCGCAAGGGGGUCCAUUUCUCAGACCCCAAUGACCGAACAAACCUCGACGCCCUCGAAUCCUUCUUCAUAUACGAUAUAGUAGGAGCAGACUGGUUCGAUUCAGCCGGUGCUCGGAUACCGCCGUGCAGCGUCGAUGAGGCCGCGGGGAUAUACCAACAAGUGAUAGAAGACGUCAUGAACGGCGCGGCCAGCAAAGAGACGUUCCUGAUCAACGUGGCAGCGCUGAUCGGCGGUGGUCUGCUGAGGAGCGGCAGGAAUGUCAAGGUGCACAAGACGGUGGGCGGGGACGGCUCCAGCGUGUACGACUGCAACUGGGAGCUACAGGUAGGGGACGUCAAGGGCGCCUACAGCAUCCGCGUGGCGCUGCCGCACGGCAAGUGGAGGGGAUACAGGAGCGGCAGGGGCAAGGUCAACACAUAUGCCCACGGCGCAGCGGGGGCUGAUGAAGACGCCGAGGGGGAGGACGACGACGACAUCGACGGCGCGCAGGUCGACCAAGAGGCCAAAUGGCAGAGGAAGUACCGUGACCUGCUUGAGAUCGUGCAGCAACAAAAGUCGGAGCUGAGUGAUAUUAGAAAGGGCAUGUUGGGUUUGCUCCAGCAGCCGCGAACAUGAACCCCUGGCAAGCUUGGCAUUUCUCACCGCAGGGGUGGCACCGCCGGGUAGAUACGACGCAAGGAUGAGCCCCCGACACAUCAAGAGACCGGGUGGGACAAAACUGUACAGGGCCACGAAAGGCACGGCAAGGCACUUGUCAGCUUGGAUACAGUUCAAAAAGGUUGGGAUAGAGCGAGGAGUCUCUGAGGAAAGGCGUUUUGUUUUACAUUGGACCGGGCUGUGUGUUAAUGAUUUUUGGAUUUGUAGAGCGCGUUCGGUUUGGAUGCCUGGAUAGAUCGAUGCCAGUGGUGUGUUUUAGCUGUUGAGAUACCAUAGCGAUUUAUUCUUGUCAUACAAAGCAUUGUGGCGUGCUGGCGACCGAUAGCAUAGACACACAGGGUAGUCUGUCUUGUUCUGCAAGGAGUUUGUUAUGCUCUUUCGGAGAUUAAUGUCUUUGUUCACGCGUAGGAAACUAUUAUUCACCGGUGUAUGACUUCCUACAUGUACACUACCUCGAUACGCCCGCGGUGCGAAAAAGGCUGACGGGUCCAUUACUCUCCCCGUAUACCUUCUUGUCUUUAUCCAUUCG